AUGUCUGUACCAAGAUUCCAAAAAAUAAACUUUGGGACAUAUGAUAAUUACAUUCCAGUCAGUGAAUUAAGCAAAAAAUCAUGGAAUCAGCAACACUUUGCCCUGGUAUUUCCCAAACCACCACGACCAGGAACAAAAAGGAGAUCAAAACCUUCCCAACUACGCGACAGUACAAUUCCUAAAUAUGAUGAAGAGAAAUUAAGGGGAGAUCACAGACGACCACUAUGGAUGUACCGUUCUUUAAUGAGAAUUUCUGAGAAACCAUCUGUUUAUUUAGCUGCCAGGAGGCAGCCUGUACCAAUGAAACCAACUGGUCCCUCUAAGGGGGAUGCUAAAAGUGUAGGGAAACCUUUAUCUCCAUCAAUAAAGAAAGGUAAAGAAGAUAAGAAAGCAGACAAGGACAAAUCAGAUUCAGAAGCAGAAUCCAUCGUUUCACAGGGAAAAUCUAGGAAAGCUUCAAAGAAAGAACCAGGAGCUAAAGAAGAAAAAGCAAUUGAAACGAAAGAGUCAAAAAAAGAUAAGAAAGGUUCAAAGAAGGGAAAGGAAUCUGAUACAGAAUCAGAAGCUGAAAAAGGAGAUGCAAAGAAAGGUUCCAAAAAAGAAAAGAAAGAUUCAAAGAAAGGCAAGGAGUCAGCUACAGAAUCAGAGGGUGAAAAAGGAGAUGCAAAGAAAGAUUCCAAAAAAGAUAAAAAAGGUCCAAAGAAAGGCAAGGAAUCAGCUAUAGAAUCAGAGGGUGAAAAAGGAGAUGCAAAGAAAGAUUCCAAAAAAGAUAAAAAAGGUCCGAAGAAAGGCAAGGAGUCAGCUACAGAAUCAGAAGGUGAAAAGAAAGACGCAAAGGACAAGGAAGGGAAAAAGGAUUCAAAGAAACCUGGUGACAAAGGUGAUGAAUCAAAGGGCAAGAAAGAUUCAAAGAAGAAGGAAAGUAAAAAAGAAAAGAAAGAUGAAAAGAAGCCCAGUGAAGCAGACAGUGAAUCAAAAGAUACUCCCAAGAAAGAUGCCAAGAAAGAUGCCAAGAAAGAUGCCAAGAAAGAUGCUAAGAAAGGUACUGAACCAGAAUCUGCUGAUGCCAAGAAGGAUGCCAAAAAGGAUGCCAAGAAGGAUGCCAAGAAGGAUGCCAAGAAGGGCAAGUAG